GCUUGAGACUCUGCUUUCGACCGUUACUUAGCACAGCAGGCCCGUCCUUGUUCACGGCAGUGCUGUUGUUGAAGCUCAGGUCAGCAGACUCACCAGUGGGAGGAGCUAUCCGCCCAGUGACAUAUUCAACCUCCAGCAACAUCAAGAUGGGAGGAAACUUGCACCAGGCUAGGAAGGAGGCGAUGUGGGGAAUGUUCGUGGCAGAUGCUCUCUCCAUGCCUGUCCACUGGUACUACACCCCAGAGGACAUUAAGUCUGGGUACGGGGGGUGGCUGACAGGCUACAGAGCCCCUAACAAGAGACACCCUCACUGCAUCUUGUCCCUCUCCUCCACAGGUGGCAGUGGUCGUAGUGGCUGGGGAUCCAAAUCCAAGCCCCUGAUUGGUAGUGUCAUCCUUCACGACAAGCUCAAGUAUUGGACGAGUGCUGAUACCUCUACACACUAUCACCAAGGUAUGAAGGCAGGGGAGAGCACUCUGAAUUCCAUGGUGGCACUGCAGAUAUUGACCACGAUGCACCGUGUGGACCCUGACUGCACUCACGCAGACGACACCGUGCGUGCUGCCGUCCUGGAAGACUACGUGAAGUUCAUGACGACACCUGGAUCUCACAAUGACACAUACGCUGAGUCGUUUCACAGAGCAUUCUUUAAGGAUUGGGCUGUGACAGAUCCACAACCACGAUCUGGUGCAGACGUCCUCAAGUUUGCUGAAGACAGAUCUGCCAAGAAGAUGAAGGGAAUAGAAGAUCACCAGCUGUCCGUGGUAGGUGCUCUUGUGCCCGCCCUACCGUGGAUUUUACGGAGUGCUGGCAAGUCUGAAGAUGAAUGCGUCAAGUCCACAGUGGAUUUUGUGAAGCUGACCCACCCUGUGCCCAGCCUUUUCCCGUAUGUGGAGAUUUAUGCCAGGCUUCUUCAUCGCGUGCUUCACGGGAAGGAUCUGCGAGAGGAGGUGAAGUGGGCGCUGGAGAGAAAAGAACUGGGAGGGUCGGACAAGUACAAGAUGGUGCAUGGCCUGAAGGAAAAAGCUGACGGGUACAGGAAGGAUUCAGAAGAAAGGUUGCGUAUUCACCAGCAGGCCACAUCCAUGUUAGGGUCGGCGUGCUACAUAGAGGGUGCUCUGAGCUCACUACUCUACCUGGCUCUGAACUACGCUGAUGACUUCGAUGGUGGGGUACUGGCGAACGCAAACUGUGGAGGUGAAAAUUGCCACAGGGGUUCUGCCUUAGGGGCUCUGUUGGGGGCAGCCAGAGGGGCAAGUGGGCAACCAAUCACACAGAAAUGGAAAGAUGGACUUACAACAGCUAAGGAAGGACUCAUUCACCUGUCAAAGCCCAUAUAACAAUGGGGCCAAGGAUAGUUUUACAUUAACAUAGUUCUGAAUUAAUACUCAAUGAAUUUUAUUUACAAAAACAUUUACUAAUGUUUACGUUUUCGGGUUGUGAUGACUGUUAUGAUGUUGUAUGGAAAGAUUUUUCUUUGAUGAUUAAUGGGACUUAAGGGUUAGAAAAUGUAGGUAACAACUAUUUAAUUAAUUGGCUAAAGAUUAUAAAUAUUCAGCAUAGAAUCAAAACCUCUACCACUACUUUGUGAUAAAUCAUCGUCUAGCGAAGGAUUAAGAAGCAAUGUUUGUGUAUAUUUGGAAAGAGUAUUUAUUACUGUAAACAUCAACAUAGUAAGAACAAUGUAUAUUUAUGUAUAUUAUUAAUAUUAGUAUUAUCUAUUUUGAAAGAACAAUAUUUACAUUUUUCUUUACCAAAGUGUAUGCAAAUACCUCAUUAGGUGUUUUUCACGAUGCAGUUUUCCUCAAAAAGAUCAAUUUUAUGUGGAAAAUGUUUGUGGUGAUUUCAUCGUGGAUUGUCAAUAAAUCACACGAAGGUGUAGAUUUAUGUGCCGAGUUUAAACCCCAUGUUUUGAUGUUUGUGCAAACCUGGUAACCAAAUUAAAAGUGUCAU